UCUGGUGUGUGAGGAUCUGGUCUGUGAUCCUGUGGAAUCGGCCGGAGGAGUGGCUUGUCCCUCCCUGGUCCAGAGGUGAAGAGUGCCGGUUUGCAGGGGAUCCUUACAGGAGCAGGCGGAGCCCCGUGUGAAGAUGCCGCUUCGCCGCUGAGUGCGCCCGGACCCCGGACCCCGGACCCCGGCAGCACCAUGGCCCGAUCUCCGUGGGGCACCUUCAGUUCCUUCCUGAGGCGAGGACAUGCCUCCUCCGUGGACACCGCAGGCUUGGCUCUCCCCGAGGCCAUGGGAGAGGAAGAUGAAAACGAGCUGCCAACUCUGAGCGGUGCGAACAAACUGCGGCUGGUGCUUCGGGACGAGGAGGCAGUUUGUAACGGAGCCGGGGCCGAUCCUAACCCCGGGCAGGGAGCAGGGGUCCCGGAGGAACCCCCACAGGAUACAAGGGCAAGUGAGCAGAAAUGCAAUCGCUGCAGCAAGACUUUCGAACUGACUCGUCAAAAGGCAGUGAAACAGAAAUUGUGGAUCGCGAUGACUCUCUACGUUGUGUUUACUGUUGGAGAAUUCAUCGGAGGAUAUCUCUCCAACAGCCUGGCAGUUAUGACUGAUGCAGUUCACACGCUAGCUGAUGUCCUUGGAAUUGCUGCUUCCUUGGUCGCACUGUUCCUUGCUGGGAGGCCUCCAAGCAGCAGAUUUACCUUCGGCUUGCACCGGUUUGAGGCCCUGGCUGCAGUGCUCAGUGUAAUGCUGAUCUAUGCUGUGACUAUUGGGCUCAUCUAUGAAGCAGUACAGAGGACCAUACACCAGGAUUUUGAGAUCCAAGCAGAUGUGAUGAUCAUCAUCGCCGGAAUUGGAGUUGCAGUGAACCUCAUAAUGGGAGUUUUGCUGAACCAGUCCAGUCACAUGCAUUCCCAUUCUCACUGCCAGUCAGAACAUGUUGCUAGAGGAGAUCAGAGGAACAACACAGAGCACAGUCACAACAUGGACAGCCUUGCUGUCAGAGCUGCUUUCAUCCAUGCCCUUGGGGACCUGGUGCAGAGUGUUGGUGUCCUGGUGGCUGCUUACAUCAUCCGCUUUAAACCUUUGUACAAGAUCGCUGAUCCAAUCUGCACUUACAUCUUCUCCUUCCUGGUGCUGUGCACAACUUUUCGAAUCCUACGUGACACUGGUUUAAUCUUCCUGGAAGGAACUCCACGACACCUUGAUGUUCAUCGUCUCCGUGAUGCUCUGUUAAAGAUUGAUGACGUUCAUUCCAUUCAACGCCUGAAUGUCUGGUCACUAACAGUUGGCAAAACAGCAGCAAUUGUGCACUUAAAGCUGAUUCCAGAGAGUUUCUCCAGAUGGGAAGAUGUGCAAUGUCAAGUCCAGCAGAUCUUGCUGUAUACUUUCGGAAUGCACCAAUGCACUGUACAAGUGCAAGUUUUCAAGGAGGCUGGAAACAAUGUCUGCACUAAGUGCAGGUCCUUGGAAGCUUAGUAGCUGGACUCAGGUCUGAGGAAGAGAAUAACUUCACACAAAAGAUUGCUCAGAAAAUCUACAAUUGAUAAUUUUAUAUAAAUGUAAAAAGUAGUUUUUAAAAAUUUUAACAUGGUGACCAUUCUCAAGGAUAAACAACUGUGAUAUUGAGCAUCGCAAAACCCGGUAUGUCACUUAGUCACAUAUUAUAUUUGUAUCACCAUUAGGACCUCACUCCCAGAAGCUCCUUUUGAAGAAUCUUUGCUGCUUAAUUGCUAUUGAGUCUGGUCAGGUUCUUCUCCAAUUUCUGAUAAUUUCUGUUCUACAGUAGUGCAGGACUGCUUGCGCGCUCCCUCCUUUGUUAGGGCGGCACGGUGGCACAGUGGUUAGCACUGCUGCCUCACAGCGCCAGAGACCCGGGUUCAAUGUCCGCCUCA